AUGUCGAACCGCAAGUCCUUUAGAAACAGAAAGAUUGACAAUAAGAAACCCAUACGUAUAUACUUAGAAGAUGAAAUAACUGACCUCGACGAACUCACUGGGGUCGCUCGUAGCGUACCAGUUAUUGAAACAGGAGUAGACAAAGAUGAAGAGGAGGAACUCCACCUUCAAGAAGCAUUAACAGCCGCAUCAGCAGUAUUAGCAACUGGCGAUCUAUCCAAAGCAGCAGUAAUACCGACUCCACACGCACGACGUGAAGUUCCAAACUAUGACGAAUUAUAUGGCAGCAAGACAUGGACAGAUCCGUGCAGCUUAAUAAGAUUCUCUACACCAAUCGAAGAAUGCGUUGGGUGCCCAUAUACGCUUGAUGAGGAAGACGAUCGAUGGCUGACGGAAUAUAACAAAAAUGCACAGCCAACCGCACGGAUAAGUGAAGACUGCUUUGAAAAAAUAAUGCAUCAGUUUGGACAGAAUUCUAAGCGGAACAUAACGGACCUAAAAGAACUUCCAACAUGGGAACAGAUGGAGAAAUCGUGGAGCGAAAAAUUAAUGAUUCCAAAAUCGUUAGCACAUAUUGUGUAUCCUCACUGGAAAGAACGACGUAUAAAGCGUGGAGGUCGUCCGAUUAUACCAAGAUUAAAACUUGAGGAAACAUCUAGAAAUGAGAAUGAUCCGUAUGUCUGUUUCCGUCGACGAGAACUCAAACCACUCCGCAAGACACGGCGCACCGAUGCUCAGUCAUUGGAGAAACUACGUGGUUUGCGGCGUGACAUUGCCCUUGGUAGUCGGUUGGUGAAUAUGAUCAAAGACAGAGAAGGCACACGAAAGGAGAUUUUAUCUUUAUCAAAUACCCAGUUCGAAAAGAGGUAUUUGAUGAAGAAAAUGCAACAGCGACUGGGUAUUCAGGAAUUCGAUCAGGAUCUGAAAGAGAAAAAGACACGGAAAAUGUCUUAUACAGACGAUAGGGAUAACGGUCAAAUACGAAUAGCGACACGAAGAGGUUCAACUCCCGCAGAUGUUGGAUACGUAGACCUUACUGAUUAUCCUUACCAAAAACCACGCAAAUCUCUUUCCGUUUCAUACUAUCGACCCAACAUACGUGGCCGUACAGACUCUCAAUCACACAGUCAGCCGUUUAGAGCGUCAUAUGUCCGCUGUCGUAUCGGAAGAGGCGGUCGUCGGUAUCUGGAUCGUCGAAGUCUUAGAUCACCAACUGUAACCGAUUCUACCAAUAAGGACAUAUAUACAUACGAUGACUUUAUGUAUGAUAGAGAUGAAUUCAGUGACUAUGCAGAUGAUUUGAACGAUGCACAGCAAGAUGAUCUUGAGAAAAGACUCGCUCGAUGGUCGAUACUGUCAGAAGAAGACUUGGCAAACCUCAGUGCCAAGGUUAGGCCGCCUCAAUUACAAUUACCAGCCCAGUCAAUGGCACAAUCGAGCGACAGUCAUAACUACUCAAUGAUCCCAUCCAACGCAAACCUGUCGACAAGCCAGUUAGCACACCUCCGUCUUCUCCGACAACCUCAACCACUACUCACCCGAAUAAAUAACCAGGCUGCUAUGGCAAGGCGUCAACAAGCAUCACCACAGAGAACACAGCAACCACAACAACCACAACAACCACAACAACCACAACAACCGCAACAACCGCAGCAACUACAACAACCACAACAACCACAACAACCACAGCAGCAGCAACAACCACAGCAACAACCACAACCACAGCAGCAGCAACAACCACAGCAACAACCACAACCACAACAACCGCCACAGCAGCAGCCGCAGCAGUCACAGCCACAACAGUCGCAGCAACCACAACCGCCGCAGCAGCAACCACAGCAAGUGCGCACCAUGCGUGCUACUGUAGCUGACGGUCAGACAAUACAUAGCUUAGUAUCGUCUCCAACAACGAACGUGGUACGCAGUCCGAUGCAAACAGCAACACAAGUAGUGGGAACUAAUGUUCACCGGGAUGUUCAUCGGGGAAUACAUUUGCCCAAUAUGCUUCAUCGUCAGGUGCAGCUAUCGAACAGUACUGCUCAACGCCAGAAUCCCAAUUCUAACACUACUUCUACCGCAUCCAAUGGCAUUACAUCGGGUGCGAUCCUAGCCAGUCUGGAUCGCGUGAAAUUGGUGAAUCCGAAACUAGCCCAACGGUUAGUAUCGAUGAGUGGUGUUCCUGGGUUGUCACCGUCAACUCAUCUCCAUCCAACGCAUAUCACACAACCACAACAUAUACAAAUACAUCCACAAAUGCUAGCCGGACAUCAUAACUCGCCCGCAAGUUCGCCGCUGAGGCAGAAUGUGACUAUAACGGGAAGCCCAUUGAUGGGGAAUAAUAACCUUGUAGCGAAUGGGUCGCCUGUGAGCAUAGCGUCACCAUUAGGGUCGCAAUAUCACCCAUCAUUGACACAGUCUGUACCUCAAGCUUCUACACAUCACCAGAGACCAUCGAGCUGA